UAUUCUUUGGUCUCAUAGGACAGGGGAUUCUGGGCCUCUCUCGUGAAAAGGAAAACCUGAAUCCAGUGCUGGCGCAAGGAUCUGGAGCCUCAGUAUCGUACUGUUUAUAAGGAAGUGACUAAGCGCUCCUGCAGCAGUCAGUCUGCUUAUUGGUGUGUGUGAGUGUGUGGAACAUUUGGAAGCAUGAGGACCUUCGUGUUGUUGAUGUGCCUUGCAGUGGGCUGCCUGGCUCAGGUACCUCAUACGUGCAGGUCUCCCCCUCUUCUGACCGGAGCCCUCUCCGUGGCAAAUGAGAAGUUUUAUGCAAAUGCAAAAUACACCUAUGAUGCAAUGCUGAAGCGUAUCCGCUUCAAGGAGAUCGGCUCUUAUGAGAACAAGACAUUCGGCGUUGAUGCCCUUCUGCUCUUCAGAGAGGGUGUCAUGUAUACGAUUAACCACAGGAACAAAACCUGUAAGAAGGAGAGGCUGAAGAGGGAGGACUUCCACCCUAUGGAGAUCCCUGCCGAUGCUGCUCUGCUGGGCCAGGUGAUCUUAGGGAGCUCCUCUGGUCCAGGACAAGGUCUGCUGGUCAACACCUGGUAUGGAGAAGUUGCAACCCCAAGUGGUGAAGACAAGUGGAUGAGUACCUUCACUGAGUUUGGGUGCAUACCUGUCAGCUCUACAUACUACACGGACAAGACCGGCUGGAUACUUACAACCUUCUUCAACAUUGUUGUUGGGAUCACGGACCCCCAGGAGUUCUUCCCUCCUAAAUUCUGUCAGGACGCUAAACUGGAUGAGACUGCAGAGGCUGCCAACUUCUACAGCAUUUUCAAAAACCUUACAAAAUAUUCCUGAAGGACAUUGUCUUUCAUUCUCUUAUGAGAAUUUUACACAACUAUUGCUUCUUUUUAGCCUGAGAUAAAAAGCUUAUUUUUUUUAUUAAUUCAUAAAUAUAAAAACGGACUGUGUUAGUGUAGGAAAAAGGGGUAAAACACAAGUUACAAAAAAAAUCUAGUACUGACCAUGUUACAAGUCAGUUGCACUGAGCAUUAUAUGUAAACAUUACCAUCGCAAACGUUAAUUUCUUUCCUUACUACAUAUGGGCCUUGGAAAUGUGUACUUGCAUUGUGAACUGUCCUUCUGAAUAACCUAUUUUCAAAGGCAAGUCUACAGUCCGGGUUAGGGUUUGGCCGGGGUAGACCGUCAUUGUAAAUAAGAAUUUGUUCUUAACUGAAUUGCCUAGUUAAAUAAAGGUAAAAUCAAAUCAAA